UUCUCAUUAUGAUUAAAUUUCGAUAUAAGAAAAAGGAAUCGAAAAAAUCAAUUUUUCCAGUUUUAUCAAUUGAAAAACAUGAAGAAGAUAAAAAUAUUGAUGAAAAACAAAGAACUUUAUUAAGAUCAAAUAAUAAAGAAACUAGCAUAAAUCAACAAAAUUCUAAAUCUAAUCCAAGAAAAGAUCCUAUUUUAAUUAAAAAUGAUUUAGUUGAUCCAAUACUAAUUAAGAAUGGAGAGAAUAAUUGCAUAAAUGUUGUUAUAGAACUAUUUCAACAACUUCAAAAUAGUGCUGAACCAUCUUUAUGCCCGGAACAAUUAAAACGUGCUUUACGAAAUGGUCCGAUGACCGGACGUCGUUCUUCACAAGGAUGUUUAGGUGAAGCUGCAGAAUAUUUUGAAUUACUUCUUCAUCGUAUUCAUCUUCAUUUAUCAUCGGAAGAUGUUGAUUCUUGCGAAACAUUAUCUUGUGUGCCACAUCGUCGAUUUGCUAUGCGAGUAAUCGAACAAAGCGUUUGCAAAUGCGGAGCUAAUUCGGAACAAUUGCCUUUUACACAAAUGGUACAUUAUGUUUCUGCUUCAGCCAUAAUAUCACAAAAUAAUAUCGCAGCACACAAUGAACAGCAUCAAACUUUUGGACAGCUUAUACGUUCGGCUGGUAAUAUGGGAGACAUUAGAGAUUGUCCGAAUUUGUGUGGAGCAAAAAUAACAAUAUGUAGAACUCUUUUAAAUAACCCAGAUGUCGUUUCUUUAGGAAUAGUAUGGGAUUCUGAAUUUCCUCCCAUGGAACAUGUUAAUAAUAUUUUAAAUACUGUUGGAACUUCAAUACAGUUAUCUGAUCUUUUCCAUCGCGUUCUGGCACAAAAUUGGGUUGAAAAUAUCAAAUAUGAAUUAGUUGGGAUGGUAACUUAUUACUCGAAACAUUAUUCGACUUUCUUUUUUCACACUAAAUUGAAGAUCUGGGUUUAUUUUGAUGAUGAAAAUGUAAAAGAGAUCGGACCUAAAUGGGAACAUGUCAUAUUAAAAUGCACUAAAGGUCGAUAUCAACCCUUAUUAUUAAUUUACACAACAUCACAUUCUAAUUUUCAUAUAAAUGCUAAACAACCGCAACAUAUGCAAAUUCAAGAUGUUCUGCAGCAGCAAUCGAGACGUGCAGUUACACCAAGUCCAGAAAAACCACAUAGUGGAUCAACGAGACGUGCCAUAACACCGACUCCUUUAAGAUCAGCUUCUGAAUAUCAAAACCUCAACAUAAUUCAACAAAAAAUAUUUGCUAAGCAAGAUAUUAUUCAACCUACAGAAGAAACAGAUUCCUAUAUUAGCCGCCGAACUGUGGAAAAUGUAUUAAAUGCUCAAUAUCAAAAUUCUUUGUUUGAUAAAAUUAAUUCUGCUCAUGUCUACGGUUCAAUCAAUUCUUCAAAAUUUUCAUCAGAUAAAUUUUCAGCAGAUUUGAUUACAACCGAACAGAAAAAUCACCAAAAUUUACAUAACAAUAAAAAUAAUGAAUGGAUCAAUAAUGGAAAUACUCAAAACCGCAAUGGAAAAAAUAUAUUAAAAGAUGGAUUUACUGUUCCGGAGCAUUUGAAUCAACCGAGACGAAGAGAUUCCGGGAACUGGAGUGGUGAUAGAAAUAGUGCUAGCUCUGCUUCAUCAACAACUUUGGACAAUCCUUAUCUAUACAUAAUGGGAAAACGAAACCCAAUGUCGACGAUGAGUUCUAAUUCUCCCCAAAGUCCCGUUCGUAAUGGGACAACAAUGGCUUAUGAUGCAGGAUAUGAUUCAUUUUCGGUAUCUUCUACAGAUUCAUAUCCAUCUAAACAAGCAUACAAUCAGCAAAUGUUAGCUAAAAUUCCAGAAUUUGUUGUACUAACUGGAGAUUGUGAGAGACUAUGUAAUGAGGCGGAUCAAUUGCUUGAAAAAUCAAGAUUAAUGGAAGAGGCGCGUGAUCUGGAAACGGCAUUAGUCCUUUGUAACGCGGCUGCUGGUCGUGCUCGUGCUGCAAUGGAUGCUCCAUACAGUAAUCCACAUACUAUGACUUUUGCUAGAAUGAAACACAACACAUGUAUAAUGCGAGCUAGAAGCUUACACCGACGUAUAUUAUUUGAAAAGGGAACUGAAAUUGAUUUCCACCAAGAAGGAAAACAUUCUCGGGAAAACAGCAAUAGUAGUGUCAAACACGUCCGCCAAUCAAGUAAAGAUAAAACUGAAGUAAAUAAAAGUGCCGUAAAAAGCAUAGAAAUUUAUGCGACAUUACCUAAAAAGAAAGCCUCUUUCAAACCUCCCUUCGAAAGUGAUCAAAUUAAAGAAUUUAACGAAAUACAACCACAAUCAAAACCCGAACGAGAAAGUCGAAGUAUUUUUGGUAGAAGUAAAGACAAAGAAAAGCGAAGCAGAAGUGAAGAUCGUAAUAAAUCUUCAAAAGAAUUUUCCCUUGUAGAGCAAGGGCUCAUAAAUGCUAAAGACACCUUAAAGAAGCAUAAAGAAGAAAAAGAAGAAAAAAAAGAAAAAGAUAAAUCAAAUAAAAAGCAACAUAAAAUAAGACGAAAACUUCUAAUGGGUGGCUUAAUUCGAAGAAAAAAUAGAUCAAUGCCCGAUUUAACGGAAAACACGAAUGUUGAAAAUGAUUCAGCCUUACAAAAGGAAAACUCAGUAUUAACCCUUCAAUCUGUUGACGAUAGCUCAGUGGGCAUUUUUGCUAAAUCAAAAAAUAUGAGUGGCUAUCUUUCUGAAGGGCAUUUUGAUCAUAAGGAUACUAACACUAAUCCAAAUUUAGAAAGAUCAAGACUUAUGCGAAAAAGUUUUCAUGGAAGUAGCAGGCAUUUAACAGUGGUGCCAAAGGUACCUCCUCCUCCACCUACAAGAACUAAUUCUUCUUUAACUCAACAACAAGAAGAACCAUGUUUGUACCACCCUUUUCAUGAAGCCAAUAUGUCAAAUAUUUCUACAAUGAGCUCUAAUACUAGUAUAAGUGAAGAUUCUUGUCAGACGACAAUAACAACCUGUGCACAAGUUCAUCAAGAGCAGAGCCCAUCUAAAUAUGAGGAUUCAUACUGUGUUGGAUUAGGUAGUUCCUAUAACAAAGAAAAUAAUUCAGAGCGAUUAGAGAAAAAUAUUUUCGAUGAACCAGAUGGUAACAAUGAUCCUAAUUUUGAGCUACCACCUUAUCCUAGCCCACCCACUUCAAUUUGCCAUUCCCGUCAAGCUAGCGAAGAUUUCCCUCCACCACCGCCAGAUCUGAACCUUGAGUCAUUGAAUGAGCAAAUAACAAAAAUUCAACAACUUGAAAUCAGUAAGCAAAAGUGCUAUAAUGAUGCUGAAAAAAUUGUUGGAGGUACCACAAGUAUUUUAGCGCAACUACAGCAACGGCAAAUUAUAAGACAACAACAGCAAAAUGAUAUCCCAGAUCAAAUUAAUCGAAGCGAUAAAUACGUUACGUCUAAUGUCCAAUGGCUAAGAGAUAUGCAAGAGAAAGAGCCCGACAUGAAAAAUAAGACAUCAUUAGAUAUUGCGUAUGAUGUUUCUGGGAAGAAUUCUAUAAAGAAAGUAGACAAAAUUAAUUUGAAACCAUCCGGCCAAAUACCGAAUUUUGAAAAGAAAACUAAUGUUAAGCGCCAUCAGCAAGAAAUUGAACAAAAUCGAACAAACGAUGUUGACGAAGUAGAUGGUUGCGGUUUGAACUUUAAAAGUACGGAAUCCAUGGUUAACGGAUUUCAACACAAUGUCCAAAAUUCAAUGUUAAAACCUAAGUAUGUAGUUGCAGCAGGCCAAAUAGCAGAAGAACUGCGAGAAGUUGAAUUAUUAAAUCAAGUUCUCCAACAAACCUUAAAUGGUUCAAGUGGAAAACUGAAUCUAUUGGCUAACAAUAUACCUGACACAGUUCAUUGUCCCAAUCAACAAGAAAUAAGCUCACAAAAAACAAAAAAGAAAAAUGUUUCAUUCUGUGAUCAAGUCACUUUAGUUGCCACAGCUGAUGAUAAAGAAGAAGAAGAUUUCAUUCCUAACCCAAUUCUUGAAAGAGUGUUGCGCACAGCACAGAACAGUUCGAACGACAACACGAAUCUUUCAGCAUUUUUGUCUGACGAUGUGGUGAAACAAAAUCAUCAAUUACCCCAACAACAAAAUGUAUUACAGUUUGUUAAUGAACAGCAUUUCAGGUAUUCAGGGGCAGUUCCUGCUAAUAUAUCUCGUAAUGAACACUUGCAUCCAAAUCACCAACUGAAAUCUACACAGAACUUUUUAAACCCAAUGGCUUCCAUUACAAAUCCUAUUCUACCAUCAAAUAAUCAAAAUGCAUACGCGUGCAGUAUAAAGCAAAAUUUAGCACUUCAAAAUGAUCUGCGCAAAAAUGUGCAACAAGAUAUUCAGAGACGUCUAGCUAAAAUGAAAGUUCAAAAUGAACAUUGCGGCAAUAUCGAUGUGUUAACACAUAACAUGAGGGACCAACAAACUAUUUCAAAUGAAGAUUUUAUGACAAAAGAAUUAAUAAACGUCCCAAAAGCAAAUUUGAACUUAUCUGAAGAUAUAGUAGAACAUCAGUUCAAUAAUUCGCAAAACAACUUAAUGACAAAUUCAAACGAAAUGUUUAAUGCUUCUAUUGGGCAUAAUGGAAAUGGUCAAAAUCCUCAAACUGGAAUGAGUCCAUUGAUGGGCUCAAUUCAAAGUUAUGCCUAUCCUCCAGAAGCAUUCAAACAAAAAACUAACCAGGCAAUACCUUUGCAAAAAUAUACUCCACAAAACACAAAUACACGCGUUAAUUUAAAUUGUAUUCAAAAAAAUCAAAAAUCAAGCAUGCCUUUUACGAUACCACAAAAACAUCCGUACCAGCAUAUUGAGAACAACAUAAAUGCUAUUAUAAAUCAAGGGCAAAUUAUGAAUCAAACUCAGAAUGAAAAAAUACGUUCAAUGCAAACUCAAAAACAAUUUGUAAAUAAUCAAAAUAUAGUAACAUCUCGAGCUGUAGCAGCACAACACAUGAAUUUUAACAUGAAUUCUUCGAGGCAACCAAUUGUAGAUCCUCAAAAUUCAAUUGGACCGAAUUCAAUAUAUCAAAGAAUCCCUGUACCACAUGGCACACAUGGUAUCAUAAAUAAUUCAUCUUAUUUUCCAAGACAAACUCAUAUAGUGCAAUAUACUCAAGCGAUGAAACCAAUACAAAAGAAAGUUAGCUUUGAACCUGGAACAAAAGGCGAGAUGGAAAAUGAUGUUUCAGGUUUCAAUGGAAUACAAAUGAAUUCUCAAAAUCAAAUACACAAUACUAACAAUAUCAAUAUGUCAAAUAUGGCAAAUAAUGCAGUUAAUGUUACAGCUAUCCCAACGCGGGUUUAUAAUAAUGCAAUUGUAAAGGCUUCAGCGAAAGCCAAUGAAUGCAACUUAUGUCGUAAGAGACAUAUCAUUGCUCCGGCUGUUUAUUGCACAAAUUGUGAAUUUUACUUACAAAGUCUUAACGGCAGACGAUGAUAAUCAUUUGCCUUAUCUAUUAUUUUAUUUAAUACAAUAAAAAAAUGAUUAUAUUUAGUAUAAGUAAUAAAUUAGAAUUUUGUAAUAUUUUAGCAUUUGUAAUAUUUACAACAUGUUUAAUGAUUUUUUUACUUUAAAUCUAUAAGAUGAAAAUAAAUUGUU